AUGUCCGACUCCACGACAUCGAGUCCCGCUCCGGCGAGCGAUGCAGGGGAUAUGGACUUCGAGCCACCCGCCAGCUUUACCGAUACCUAUUUCUUUCCAGCCUUCGCUCAGCUGCAGUCAGAAUACCACCUCGGUCAGCCCAUCUAUGAGGAGGGAGAGACGUGGUGCCUUCUCGCCGAGAUUGAUGCCGCAUCUACAUCGGCUGGCAAUCCGUUCUGUCUAGUCUGUCAUGAUCGCAACGGGGACAAUUUCAUCGUUGGAUUCGACCUCAGCAAGGGUCUACGCUUCACACCAAGCCAGUUCAAGGUUGGAUACACCAUCGCUGUUGUGUAUGCGAAAAGGGUCAACUUUGUGGAUGGCACGAAGGGUGUCCGGGUGGCGGAUUUGAAGACUUGUCAUGCAUUCCCGUUUAAGCUGGAUCGGGUGCUCAGUAUGAACAAGGUCCUCACUGAUUAUUGGGAAACACUGGACGAAGAAGGCGUGACAAAAAGAUGCCAUGCCUGUGGUAAUGAAGGGAAGAGAAUGAAGCAGUGCGAUAGCUGUCCCUGGUACUUUUAUUGCGGAAAGGAGUGUAUGAAAGCUGGCAAGGAUCGCAAGAAGCAUAAUGACGACUGCAAUGCACUCAAAGAUCCGAAUAUGGAGGCCCUUCUGCGCAUUAACACAAGGGACGCUAUGGAAGAUACCCCGUUCGAGUUUCAUGGCUAG